GCUAUAUUUGAUUCGCAUCUUUGCUUGGCGCCUCGUCUCCUGGUCUCAGCUUCUCGAAAGAAAUGCGGGCUAGAGCAUGGAAUGUGGCGGGAAGAAUUGGCGCCAAUGAUUUUCCGCGCUUUUCUAGCUUAAAACCGAAUCCGCCUCUCAUCGGCCCUCCAUCUCCAUUUCCCCCCACCUCCCUCAUAACUCUUCCAACUCGCCUCUCCCGAAUCAACAUGGCGGCCAACGGCGCAAGGGAGAACGGCAGCCCCGGCAUCCAGGAGCCCUCUCUCAAAGUCCCCAAGCUCUCGGAGAAUGGUGCCGCCGUGGACCACCACCACCUUCGCCUCGGUCGGGGCUGGCGUGGAAGCAUUCCAUUGAUGUGGGAGCGGGUGUGAUCGAUGCGGAUUACCGUGGACCGGUCAGCGUCAUUGUGUUCAACCACUCGGAUGUGGAUUUCGAGGUGAAGCCCGGCGAUCGGAUUGCUCAGAUGAUCAUAGAGAGGAUUAUGAUUCCAGAUGUGGUCGAGGUUGACGAUUUGGAUUCCACUGUUAGGGGAGCUGGAGGGUUUGGAUCCACAGGGGUUUGAAAAUGGGAAAUAAUAUAGAUGCUAUUGAUGUUUUAGAUUUUUGGGGAUGGCACUCUUCUUGCUUCUUGGGAAGGGAAUUCUACUAAUGAAGUGUGAUCAGUGAAUCAUGUUUUGUUACUGUGAACUGUGCACCUCAUCUAUCUGAAUGGUUUAAUGUUUGGUUCAUUCUCUUUCAUUAUUCA